AUGUCCCUAAGUGACGAGCUGGAGAGCCACUUCUCCACCACCCCCUACGUGGUGACAGACACAGGGGAGGGCAGCGUGCUCAGAAUCAGGCCCAAUGUCUCUGCCAACGCCAGCGGGGACGGCGCCUGGGCGGCCAGCUCCACGGAGGACAUGGUUGCCAUCUGCACCAUCGGGGCCAUCCUGUCCCUCAUGUGCGUGGUUGGGGUGACAGGCAACGUCUACACCCUGCUGGUGAUGUGCCACUACCUGCGAUCCUCUGCCUCCAUGUACAUCUACAUCAUCAACCUGGCGCUGGCCGACCUGCUCUACCUCCUCACCAUCCCCUUCAUCGUCGGCACCUACUUCAUCCAGAAGUGGCACUUUGGGGACAUCGGCUGCCGCAUCCUGUUCAGCCUGGACUUCCUCACCAUGCACGCCAGCAUCUUCACCCUCACAGUGAUGAGCACGGAGCGCUACCUGGCCGUGCUGAAGCCCCUGGACACGGUGAAGAGGUCCAAGAGCUACCGCAAGGCCAUCGCUGUGGUGAUCUGGCUGGUGUCACUGCUGCUCACCCUGCCCAUGCUCAUCAUGAUCCAGCUGGUGCAAAGGGACAACAAAAGCAUCUGCCUGCCCACCUGGAGCAAGCUGUCCUACAAGGUCUAUCUCACCAUCCUUUUUGGCACCAGCAUCGUGGGCCCGGGGGUGGUCAUUGGCUACCUUUACAUUCGCCUGGCCAAGAUUUACUGGGUGUCCCAGACUGCUUCCUUCAAGCAGACCAAGAGGCUGCCCAACCAGAAGGUGCUCUACUUAAUCUUCACCAUAGUCCUGGUCUUCUGGGCUUGCUUCUUGCCUUUCUGGAUAUGGCAGCUCCUCUUCCAGUAUUAUGAAUCCUUCCCUUUAUCCCCCAAGGUGAUGAAGAACAUUAAUUACUUGACAACCUGCCUGACCUACAGCAACAGCUGCAUUAACCCCUUCCUCUACACCCUGCUCACCAAAAACUACCGGGAGUACCUGAAGAACAGGCAGAGGUCCCUCAGCAGCAGCAGUGGGUACUUCCAGAGGAGGAAUCGUUUCCAGAGGAUUUCAGGGAGAUCCCUGUCCACCAGCAGUCAGCACUGCACAGAGACUUACGUCCUUGCUCAUGCUCCUUUGGGAAACAGCAGUGCCUGAAGGUAAAAUAUAUCUCCAAGAACAAUCAAUACUGACUUCAAUGUUGCUUUGAUUUAAAGUGCACGUUGUGCAGGCCAAGCCUUGGCAGUGCACACAUUUAGUCCAGAGGCUGUGCCGUGUGUCUGUUCUCAUUUCUCCAGUGCCACUGAUUUGAUGCUAGCAGCACUCAGCUGAACAUCUAUCUAAAUAGCCUUUCACUUUUUAUCUUUAUAUUUUAUAGCGUAUGUCUCC